CCCUGCAAGCUGCAUCAAGCUUUAUCCUACGUGUUCCUUUGGUGAACCAGGUACACUUAAACUUGCAAAAAGAUGACCGACCUCUUAAGAAGUGUUGUCACAGUCAUUGAUGUUUUCUACAAAUAUACCAACCAAGAUGGGGAGUGUGGCACACUCAGCAAGGAUGAGCUAAAGGAACUUCUAGAGAAAGAGUUCCGUCCAAUUCUGAAGAACCCAGAUGAUCCAGACACAGUGGAUGUCAUCAUGCACAUGCUAGAUCGAGAUCAUGACCGAAGACUGGACUUUACUGAGUUUCUUCUGAUGGUAUUCAAGCUGGCUAUGGCCUGCAACAAGGUUCUCAGCAAAGAAUACUGCAAAGCUUCAGGGUCAAAGAAGCAUAGGCGUGGUCACCGACACCAUAAGGAAGAAAGUGAAACAGAAGAGGAUGAAGAAGACGCACCAGGACAGAAAUCAGGUUACAGGCAUUCAAAUUGGAGGGAGGGAGAGGAGUAUGGUUAUGGUUCUGAGGGCUUGAGGCGAAGUGUGAAACACAGACAUGGGUCAAAUUCCAGGAGGCUGGGAAGGCAAGGUGGUUUAUCUAGCUCAGAGAACCAAGAGAAAUCUGAGAAAAGACACCGUGGGUCUGGUCACUCGUGGAAUAGUGACAAAGAAAGACAUGGUUCCAGCUCUGGAGAGCUGGGGAAUAGAAGAAACAAGUCACAUGUUAGCCCCACCAGGGAAUCUGGGAAGGAAUAUGAAUCAGAAUCUGGAUCUGGGUCAAAGAGUGAGAGGAGGAAAAGUCAUGGUGGUCUGUCACAUAGACUGGAUGCUGGUGGGCAUGAAUCAAACUCUACUCAGUCAAGAAAUAGUGGAGGACAAAAGCUUGGGUCUAGCUCUAAAGGUUCAGAAGACAGUGGAAGACAAAGCUAUGGAUGUGGUUCCAGCAAUUCGGGUGGGUGUGGAAGUCCACAAAAUACUUCUAGUUCCUGUCAGGAAGGUAGAUUUGGAGGGCAAGGAAAUCAAUCUAGCUGCACUCAGUCAGGUUAUCAAUCAGGAAGUAGUGGAAGACAAGAUCGUGGAUGUAUCUCGGGAGGUCAGUCCUCUGGAUGUGGUCAACAUGAGCCUAGCUUCUGUAGUCAGUCUUCUAGUCAAAGAGGAUACAGAUCUAGAGCAUGUGGUCAGACACAGAACUGUGGAAGACAACAGAGAACAGGUUCAAGUCAGUCCUCUUGCUGUGAACAAUAUGGGUCUGGAACAAGUCAGUCUUCUAGUUAUGGUCAACAUGGAUCUGGUUCUUGUGGACACUUUUCAAACUCUCAUCAAAAAGGGUCUGGUUCAAAGGAAUUUUCUAAAUGUGGACAACAUGGAUCUGGCUCAUGUCAGUCCUCUGGCUUUGGACAUGGCUCUGGCUCAUGCCAGUCCUCUGGCUUUGGACAACACGGGUCUGGCUCAUGUCAGACCUCUGGCUUUGGACAACAUGGGUCAGGAUCAGGUCAAUCCUCUGGUUUUGGACAACAUGGGUCAAGCUCAGGACAAUCCUCUGGCUUUGGUCAGCAUGGGUUUAGUUCAGGACCAUCCUCUGGCUUUGGCCAGCAUGGAUCCAGCUCAGGUCAGUCCUCUGGCUUUGGACAACACGGGUCUGGCUCAUGUCAGACCUCUGGCUUUGGACAACAUGGGUCUGGCUCAGGUCAAUCCUCUGGUUUUGGCCAACAUGGGUUUGGCUCAGGUCAAUCCUCUGGUUUUGGCCAACAUGGGUCUGGCUCAAGCCAAUCCUCUGGCUUUGGACAACAUGAGUCUGGCUCAGGUCAGUCCUCUGGUUUUGAACAAUAUGGGUCUGGCUCAGGUCAGUCCUCUGGUUUUGGACAACAUGGGUCUGGCUCAAGCAAGUCCUCUGGCUUUGGACAACAUGGGACUGGCUCAGGUCAGUCCUCUAGUUUUGGACAACAUGGCUCUGGCUCAGGACAGUCCUCUGGUUGUGGACAACAUGGCUCUGGCUCAAGCCAGUCCUCUGGCUUUAGACAACAUGGGUCUGGCUCAGGUCAGUCCUCUAGCUUUGGACAACAUGGGUCUAGCUCAAGACAGUCCUCUGGCUUUGGCCAGCAUGGGUCUGGUUCAGGUCAGACCUCUGGCUUUGGCCAGCAUGGGUCUGGUUCAGGUCAGUCUUCUGGCUUUGGCCAAUAUGGGUCUGGCUCAGGUCAUUCCUCUAGUUUGGGACAGCAUGGGUCUGGCUCAGGCCAAUCCUCUGGCUUUGGUCAACAUGGGUCUGGCUCAAGUCAGUCCUCUGGCUUUGAACAACAAGGGUCUGGCUCAAGUCAGUCCUCUGCCUUUGAACAACAUGGGUCUGGAACAGGUCAAUCCUCGGGCUCUGGACAACAUGGGUCUGGAACAGGUCAAUCCUCGGGCUCUGUACAUGGAUCUAGCUCACAUCAGUCCCCUAGCUUUGGGACUGGCUCAGGUCAUUCUUCUGGCUUUGGACAACAUAAGUCUAGAUCAGAUCAGUCUAGCUGUGGUCAACAUUGUUCCACUUCAGUGCAAUCCUCCAAUUUUGGCCAAGGAUCCUGCUCAGGAAAGUCCUCUAACCCUGAUCAACAUGCUAGCACAAGUCAGUCUUCUACUUAUGAUCAACAUGGGUUUAGCUCAGGGGAAUCUUCUGGAUAUGAACAACAUGAAUCUAGGAUAAGGGGAAAAGAAAGCUCUCACACUAGUUCAGGAAAAGAGGGUCCAAAACAUGGAAGACCCAUAUCAGAUUCAGCCCACACUCAGAUAAGAGAAACAGGCCCAAAGAAAACUACUCAGAGGGAUAAUGAGAGAAGCAAGAGACACAGUAUAACAGCAAAAGAGACUGAAGAUCACAACAGCAUUCAUGGACAUAGGCAACAAAGGCAAGGAUCAAGUCAGGAAAAAAGAACUUCUACACCACAGGACACGAAACAUAACCACAAAAAUGACAGUCAACCCCAGACAGAUAAAUGGGAGACAUAUUCAGCAACUACCUGGGAGCAUUAUGAAAAUGACCAUGAAAAAUCAGGAGGAAUUCCCACAGGUAAAAAUGAAACAUCUACUCAGAGACAGGCAGGAGACAACAAAAGACAUGCCCGUUCUGGCCAUGGACAGGCCACCAGGACAGAAUCCAGUAGGACCCAAAAAACGGGAUCUAGCAGCAGUGAGUCCAGUGACAGGGGAAGGCUUUCAGGAGUCCCACAGACACAGACAGGGUCCCCUCAUGGCCAUGCUGGAUCUCAACAUGGAGAGUCGAGAUCCACCCGGGAAGGAACACAGAGAACUACUCACAGACAGGCAGGAGACACCACUAGACAUACGCAGUCUGGGCAUGGACAAGCCACCAGGACAGAAUCCAGUAGGACAGGAAGAAAAGGAUCUAGGAGCAGUGAGUCCAGUGACACUGAAAGGCAUUCAGGAGUCCCACAGACACAGGCAGGGUCCCCUCAUGGCCAUGCUGGAUCUCAACAUGGAGAGUCGGGAUCCACCCGGGAAGGAAGACAAGGAACUACUCACAGACAGGCAAGAGACACAACUACACAUACCCAGUCCACUCAUGGACAAGCUACCAGGUCAGAAUCCAGUAGGACUGGGAGAAGAGAAUCCAGUGUCAGUGAGUCCAGUGACACUGAAAUGCACUCAGGAGUCCCACAGACACAGGCAGGGUCCCCUCAUGGCCAUGCUGGAUUUCAACAUGGAGAGUUGGGAUCCACCCGGGAAGGAAGACCAGAAACUACUCACAGACAGCAAGGAGACACCACUAGACAAGCUCAUUCUGGUCUUGGACAGGCCACCAGGACAGAAUCUAGCAGGACCCAAAGAAGCAGAUCCAGUGUCAGUGAAUCGAGUGACAGGGAAAGGCACUCAGGACUCCCACAGACACACACAGAGUCCCCUCAUGGCCAGGCUGGAUCUCAACAUGGAGAGUCGGGAUCCACCCGGGAAGGAAGACAGGGAACUACACACAGACAGGCAAGAGACACAAAUACACAUACCCAGUCCACUCAUGGACAAGCCACCAGGUCAGAAUCCAGUAGGACUGGGAGAAGAGAAUCCAGUGUCAGUGAGUACAGUGACAGUGAAAGGCACUCAGGAGUCCCACAGACACAGGCAGGGUCCCCUCAUGGCCACCCUGGAUUCCAACAGGGAGAGUCAAGAUCCACACUGAAAGGGAGACAGGGAACAACUCACAGACAGGUAGGAGACUCCACUAGACAUGCCCAGUCUGGUCAUGGCCAGGCCACCAGGACAGAAUCCACUAGGGCCCGAAGAACGGGAUCUAGCAUCAGUGAGUCCAGUGACACGGAAACGCACUCAGGAGACCCACAGACAAACAAAGGAUCCGCUCAUGGCCAUGCCAGAUCUCAACAUGGAGAGUUGGGAUCCACCCGGGAAGGAAGACAGGGAACUACUCACAGACAGCAAGAAGACACCACUAGACAUGCACUGUCUGGUCAUGGACAGGCCACCAGGUCAGAAUCCAGUAGGACUGGGAGAAGAGAAUCCAGUGUCAGUGAGUCCAGUGACAGUGAAAGGCACUCAGGAGUCCCACAGACACAGGCAGGGUCCCCUCAUGGCCAUGCUGGAUCUCAACAUGGAGAGUCGGGAUCCACCCAGGGAGGAAGACAGACAACUACGCACAGACAGGCAAGAGACACCACUAGACACACCCAGUCUGGGCAUGGACAAGCCACCAGGUCACAAUCCAGUAGGACUGGGAGAAGAGAAUCCAGUGUCAGUGAGUCCAGUGACACUGAAAGGCAUUCAGGAGUCCCACAGUCACAGGCAGGGUCCCCUCAUGGCCAGGCUGGAUCUCAACAUGGAGAGUCGGGAUCCACCUGGGAAGGAAGACAGGGAACUACGCACAGACAGGCAAGAGACACAACUACACAUACCCAGUCCACUCAUGGACAAGCCACCAGGUCAGAAUCCAGUAGGACUGGGAGAAGAGAAUCCAGUGUCAGCCACCAGGACAGAAUCUAG